AUCUUGCGGGAAGCCUACGCCACUACGCCGUACGGCAGAGGCAGGCGCCUGGCGUGGACGCCCAAUGGGUCGCGCGGUAUUGGCUUGAAUGCCGGACACCAUGUGACGCGCUCCGGCCAAGAACUAUCUCCGGCUACACAUAUAGCGAUAGUGCGUCGCCUCUAAUCCUCCUCCUCCAGCACCCGCAAACUUGGCCAUGCCCUCCCUCCCACUCGUGUCGGGCGCCAUCGACUGGCCUUUCCUCCUCGCUGUCGGUGGUGGCGCCGCCGCCCUCUGGCUCGCCUACUCCCUCUUCCACCUCCUGGUGCCCGAGGCGCGUCUCUCGAGCUCGUUCAAAAACCUCCCCGGCCCGCCCAACCCGCGCAACUGGACCCGCAUCCUCGGGCACCAGUACGAGGCGCUGACGCGCGGGCCCGCGCUCACGUCCGAGGAGUGGCACGACAAGUAUGGCCCCACGAUCCGGCUCUCGCGCCCGUUCGGCCGCUCCGAGCUGUCCACUACCGACCCGGCCGCGCUCACGUUCAUCUACCGUGCGACCGACGAACGCUUCGUCAAGUCCGAGGGCAUGCGCCAGGCCAUCUCGGCCAAUGUCGGCGAGGGUGUUCUUUCCGUCGAGGGACACACGCACCGCCGGCACAGGCGUGUCCUAAACCCAGCGUUCGGGUGGCCCCAGAUUGUGGAAAUGGUCCCAAGCAUGUGGCUUAAGGCGUACCAACUGCGCGACAAGAUGGUCUCGAACAUUACGGACGCGUGGGCCUCGCCGCCGGCCGACCCGCGCGACGUCGUGCCCGGCGCCCGCGUGCUCAACAUGUUCAACGAGCUGAGCAACGCCGCGCUGGACAUCAUUGGGCUCGUGGCGAUCGGGCACGACCUGGGCUCGCUGAGCGACGAGCCCAACGAGCUGCGCGACGGAUACAACGACGUGCUGCGCGUCGGCUUCCAAACGGACAUUUGGACGGUGCUGCGCUUCGCGCUGCCCAUCACGCGCAAGAUCCCGCUCGAGCGUACGCGCAUCGUGCGCGCGGGGCGCGACGCCGUCGUGCGCUUCGGCCAGCGCGUCAUCGACGAGAAGCGCCGCCUCCUCCUCAACAUUGACCAGGGGCGGAUCGAGAAGGGUACCGACGUCGGCAAGGACGUGCUGUCGCUCGUGAUCAAGGCGAACGCGGCCGCCGACUUGCGCGACGACGAGCGCCUCAAUGACACAGAGGUCAUUGCGCAGAUCGCCACGAUGCUGUUUACGGGGCACGAGACGACGGGCACCGCAACGGCGUUCACGCUGCGCCACCUCUCGCUCAACCAGCGCUUCCAGGACAAGCUGCGCGCCGAGCUGCUCACGAUCGACGUCGACGAGCCCGACUUCCAGGUCCUCGACAAGCUGCCGUACCUGCACGCGGUGGCGCGCGAGGGCCUCCGCUUCGAGACCCCCGUCCCGAUCAUGGGCCGCAUCGCCACCGCCGACGUCGCCAUCCCCCUCUCCAUCCCCGUGCGCGGCCGCGACGGCAAGAUGAUCGACGUCGUGCAGCUCAAGAAGGGCGACCUCAUCAAUGCCCCGUACCAGGCCGCUAACCGCCUCACUGAUGUCUGGGGCGCCGACGCGCGCGAGUUCAACCCCGAGCGCUGGUUCCGCCCCAACAUGCCCGCCAAGAAGAUGCCGGGCGUCUGGGGCGAGAUCGCGACAUUCGGCGGCGGCCCGCACAACUGCAUCGGCCACCGCAUGGCCGUUGCUGAGAUGAAGGUGCUCUUGUUCGUGCUCAUUCGCAACUUCAUCUUCUCACCCGCUCCGUCCGGCCCCGUGAUCAAGCCCAAGUGGAUGAUCAUCCAGCGCGCCAUCGUCGAGGGUGAGGAGCACAAGGGUCCCAGCAUGCCCCUGCUGGUUCGCCCAGUUGCGGAGUGAGCAGUGAGCCGUGCUGCAGUUCAUCUGGAGUUUGUCGAGUUGUGCUUAGAAUCUCUUGAUAAUCCAACGUUCGUUGUAUAUCCCGUAUGCAGUCUGGUGACAAGUCGG